AGCUAGGCUGUGAGGACGUGUUCCGAGGAAGCCGGAGCCGGGAUCCGCCGGCGACAUGGAGCCGCUGUACCAACAAACGCACAAGCAGGUCCACGAGAUCCAGUCUCACAUGGGACGCCUGGAGACGGCAGACAAGCAGUCUGUACACUUGGUAGAAAAUGAAAUUCAAGCAAGCAUAAACCAGAUAUUCAGCCAUCUAGAACGUCUGGAGAUUUUGUCAAGCAAGGAGCCCCCUAAUAAAAGGCAGAAUGCCAAACUUCGUGUGGACCAGUUAAAAUAUGAUGUCCAGCACCUGCAGACUGCUCUCAGAAACUUCCAGCACCGACGCUAUGCCAGGGAGCAACAGGAGAGACAGCGAGAGGAGCUUCUGUCUCGCACCUUUACCACUAAUGACUCUGACACCACCAUACCUAUGGAUGAAUCACUGCAGUUUAACUCCUCCCUCCAGAACAUUCACCACGGCAUGGAUGACCUCAUUGGAGGCGGGCACAGUAUUCUGGAGGGACUGAGGGCCCAGAGACUGACCUUGAAGGGGACUCAGAAAAAGAUCCUUGACAUUGCCAACAUGCUGGGCUUGUCCAACACGGUGAUGCGGCUCAUUGAGAAGAGGGCCUUCCAGGACAAGUAUUUGAUGAUUGGAGGGAUGCUGCUCACCUGUGCUGUCAUGUUCCUUGUGGUGCAGUACCUGACAUGAGGCAGCCUUGCCCAGCGCUAGACAAUACUCCCACUGUGUGAGAGCGUGCAAGAGUGUGUGUAUGUGCGUGUGAGGGAGAGGAGGCCCUUUUAAAUGUAUGCCUGCCUUAACUGUGAAACCCACUUGGGUAUAAUUGUGACCCAGUUUCAAACCUGCUCUGUUCGCUGUGACAUCCUGGAAAGGGAGUUAGUGUCACCAAGAUGCAUGGUGCUUAGGAAAUGUUGUCCAGCUCUCUCUUGAUGGGGGAGGGAAGGGAUGGCUUUGUCACACAAUUGCAGUCUUCCUUGGAAAGCUUCCGCAAUGAAGCUUGCAUGCAGACUGUUCAUCUCGUCAUCAUCCAGCAUCUGAGUCCUAAUGGACAGGCUGGAGCACAGGCAAGAAGAAAAGGAAAAAGACCUUCUUUCCCUGCAUCUGCUGGGGUGGAUCAGUUUCUAUACUUGCUUCUAGCCACCACCCCAGUCUCCCCCUACUGCCACUCCUACCCCUGCUUAAAACAACAAGAAGUAGAUGACUUAACUACUAACACUCGUCAUCCUUCCCUGGAAGCUGCUACCCAGGGGAAGCAGGCAUUGGAGCUAUUGCCAAUAGUGUGUAAACCUUACCACAUUAUGGCUGUUACUGGAUGCUUUUCCUUCCUGAGGUGAGGCCAGUGUUGUUCUCUGGGAGUGUUAAGUGUCUGAAAAAAGAUCCAAGUCACUGAUUGUUUCUAGUCAUCACUAGAAUGAAUGAUCAGCUCUUACGAUCCAAAGACUUGAGGUUGGUGCCCAGGCUUCAGUGGAUCUUUCUUUUGCCCCUUAGAAAGUAGUGAGUGAAGGCUUAGAGAUCAAUCAGUCACAGUCGCAUCUGUAGUUCUUUGGCUUUCUUCUCCUUGGAAUACGUUAGCACCCAUCAGCUCCCCAAAUCUGUCUAGCUAGGAUAGGCCACUGUGGAGUUGUCCCUGUGUGGAUGCCAUGGACUGGGUUGGACCUUUUUAUUUCUCUCCCAAGGUUGGAUUAAGGUUGCACCAAUGUAAUAGUAUGUUGUGGAAUUAUUAGAAAGCCAGUCUUUCUUGAAGUCCAUCUAAUGUGAUUAAUUGCUGAAAGUAUCAGAAAGACAUAGAAUAUUGUCCUGCUUGCCCUACCAACCCUAAGCUCAGCCUUGUGGUAGGAUAAACUAUGACUCCCUCUUUUUGAACUGGAAAAUUGAUCAGUAUUAAUGCUGCCUUCAGUGUCUUGUCAUAUGUACUCCUGCCUUUGUCCCUUGUUUCUUGAACUGUCUUCUGUUUAGUCCCUCCUCCCCCUACUACACAUUUCAUUCCAGCUCCUUUUCAUACUGUAGCAAUAUCAGUCUCUUCUCACACCUUUGUGGUAUAGAUCCUCCAGUGAAUUUUCUUAACUGCCAUAGAUUUUUAACAUGAAUUUCGUGGGUACUAAUUUCACAUUUCUGGUGUGAUUUCCAUCAUUUCUAUCUGUUUGGGCCAAACAAGCCCUAGAUGUCCAGGAAGAAAGAAUCUCUGUCUCCUUCUAAAAGGGAUUCACAGCCCUGCAGAGUGAAGACUGUGGUGGUGGGCACAGGGCUUGCAGCAUCUUUAGACUGUAAUCUGACUUCAGGGAGAUACACUUUGAAGAUUUUAUCAUGCCCAGCUCAGAGCUCUUGGUGGGCCAUAAAUGGAGUUUUAGACUGUACAGACCUGGUUCUUCUGCCACCUGGGUUCCUGAGAAUCCUGCCAGGGCAGCACACUUUGGAUUGUAGCUGAGCCAUCUGGAUUUGAACUCGAAGGCAGAUCAGCCCCCUCACCCUACUCCCAGCCCUACAGUGUGUAUCAGUUUCCACACUUUGUGGUGAUGGACCUUUGUGCUGUACCCUCAAAGCCUGAGAUCUCCCUGUUUUGGAGUAAAGUAUGUGGAGUUAGGGGCUAGGAGGAAGCAGUCUUUCAGGAGACCCCAGGACACCGAGAUUGCUAUUGUCACAUGACUACCCUCCCAUUGUGUUCAUUGCUAAUACACCUUGUCCUGGCUGUGUGCAGCUGGGGAGGGAGUGCCCUCUAGUGGGCUUAGAUGAGUUCUGACCUGGAAACCCAAGCAGGCAGCCUCUGCCCCUGGCAACAGGAGCUAGGUGCCUUUUGUAGAUUUGAAACAGGUGGGUUGCUAAGAGGAACUUGAACCUUCUUUAUUAAGUGGACAUGUACCCCAGGUCUGGCCACUUUAAGAAAAUUCAAAUUCAAAAGACCAAAUAAACAGUCUCAAUUUUGUAGGUUUCACUGCUGUUUUUUCCCCCUUCUUGCCCUUUUGAAUUUAGAUGGGUUUAAUUUGCAACUUUGGAUGAACAUUUAUUGUCUCGAAAACACCAGCUAAAUAAAGUCAAAAUUUAUUUUA